AGCCUGGAAAAUGUUCGGGUGAAAGAAUUAUUGCGCUGUGGGAUGAUCGGCUGCGACUGGAGAUCUCUCUCUCUCUCUCUCUCUCUCUCUCUCUCUCUCUCUCUCUCUCUCUCUCUCUCUCCCUCUCUCUCCAGGUUUAGCUGGGUCUCGGAGUGAGUCGGGCAGCAGAUGCCAUCACCUGUCGCGAGGCUGCACACUGCUGCGGGAGCGCGCGCGCGCCAAGCUAAUUCGACAGACACCGCUGCGGACAGAUUUAACCUGCACCAUGUUUCCCCGUGUUUUUAAUCUUCAUCUACUCUUCUCGUCUCCUCCGAGGAUCGUUUCACAGCUUGCCGCGUCUCACUGAUCCGGACCCAGAAUGCAGUCAUUAAACCAAUCCGGGUGGGCUGGGCCAAUCCCAGGGGAUUAUAACGCCUCCUCUUUUGGACUGGGAUUUUCAGGAAGCCCAGUUGGGAAUUACACGGGCAACGUGUCCGAUCAGAGCAUGCCGUUUCAAGGGAGCAGCACGAUGGUUACCGCAGUCAUAUCGUUCACCGUGUUCAUCGUUGGACUCACCGGCAACACGCUGGCCAUCUACGUGGUCCUGCGCUACGCUAAAAUGAAAACGGUUACGAACAUCUACAUUUUGAACCUGGCCGUGGCCGACGAGCUGUACAUUUUGGGCCUCCCGUUCCUCACGACGCAAAACGUGCUUUCCUACUGGCCGUUCGGCUCGUUCCUGUGCCGCGUCGUCAUGACGGCGGACUCGCUAAAUCAGUUCACCAGCAUCUUCUGUCUGACGGUGAUGAGCAUCGACCGCUAUUUAGCCGUAGUGCAUCCCAUCCGCUCCACUAGGUGGCGCCGGCCGCGAGUCGCCAAAGCGGUUAGCGCGGCGGUGUGGGCGUUCUCAUUCAUCGUCGUCCUCCCCGUGGUGAUAUUCUCCGACGUUCAGGACAUGUUUAACUCGUGCAACAUGAGCUGGCCGGAGCCGCGAGACGUUUGGUCGACGGCGUUCAUCCUCUACACGGCGACGCUCGGCUUCUUCGGCCCCCUGCUGGUCAUCUGCAUGUGCUACCUGCUCAUCGUCGUCAAGGUGAAGUCGUCCGGGGCGCGGGCGGGAUUCACGAAGCGCAGGCGCUCCGAGCGGAAGGUGACCCGCAUGGUGGUGGUGAUCGUGGUGGUGUUCGUCCUCUGCUGGCUGCCGUUCUACAUCAUCAACAUCGUGAACCUGGUGUUCAUUCUCCCGGAGAGCAGCGUGAUGGCGGGGGUGUAUUUUUUCGCCGUCAUCCUGUCGUACGCGAACAGCUGCGCCAAUCCGCUGCUCUACGGCUUCCUGUCCGACAACUUCAAGCAGAGCUUCCGGAAGGUGCUGUGCGUGCGCAAGGCCAACGGCGUGGAGGACGGAGAGCCCAGCGUGCCGCGGACGGAGAAAACCACGACCCACGAUACCUUUCUGACGCCCCGGAACAAUGACUUUAACGGACACGUCCAGGGCAGCCAGGAUCUGCAGUUACAGUCUUGCAUGAGCGCGUCUGAGAAAGACCCCGCGUCUCAGCCUGCAAGACCCCAGAUCAUUGGCCAGUCCACUCUCUAAACGCUGUUUCUCUCUCUGUCUGUCGUUUCCAUCUUUAUUUCGUCUCCUUUCCUGUGCUCUCUCGUCUCUCCGUUCACCCCUUCAAUUUGUCUGUCUGUCUGCCUGUCUCUCCUCCUGGCUUUUUGCGGAAGGUGUGGCCUGAGCCUCAAGCCACGCCCCUGAACGUGCCGGUGACCCCGCCCUCCCGCGCAGCAGAGCUCAGCCUCCACCCGGUGCCCGCUGUCGCCACGCCCAGCUCCAGCCGUGACCUGUGACCCCGGCUGGUCGUGAGGGUCGUCCAGAACAAUGCCAGGAUACUUUCUGGGUGGAGGGUGCAGCGUGUGCUGGAAACACCAGGGUCUUCAUGGAAGCCUGGGAAUAUCAGGAAUUUUGAAACGGCCUGGAAAUACCUAUGUUGAAUUUAAAUGCUCUAAAAUCAGCUUAAGAAUUAUUAUUUGGGAAUUCGUAACACGCUAUUUGCGAACCUCGAGUCUGAGGCCACCAGUGAAAAUCUGUUUUGUAUUUGUAUAAUUUAAUCCGAUCCUUCCUGCAUGGAAUAUAAUAUUAGCAAAACAAUUUUUGUGUUUUCCUUUAAUGAUUAAGUGCAAAGCCUGACUUUCCUGACCUAAGAAGAAGUCUGAAAUCUCCUUUAUUCGUUUAAAAAAAAAUUUAAAUCGCAGAAAACACCUUUUUAUUUUCUGGUUUAAAAUCAUUUUGAAUCACAGAUUUUCAACGUGGUCUCUGGCUUUUUUUGGAGCCCGACUUUUAAAGAGUUUUAAGAAAGGAUGAAAAAGAAACAGGAGAGGGAUUUAGAAGAGAGACAGGACUUCAGAUGCAAGUGAAGGGGAUUUUGAGAUGAUGAACGUUGGUAUAUUGCUUUUCACACACACACACACACACACACACACACACACACACACACACACACACACACACACA